AUGCCGGUAACUCGGAGAACAAACACUCAGGAUCGUCCCAAUGAAGAGCAUGUUGAAGUCGUUGAUGAAACCGAUCUUUCUGAAACGGUGCGAUUGUUGAAGCAAGAAAUGGAGUUGAUGAAGCAGCAAAGAGAGAGAGAUGCAAGGGAGCUUUCGGCCUUGAGAGCUGAGAAUGAGGUGUUGAAAAGUCAAGAUACUUCUUGGAAACCUACUCAUGCCACCAACACACAAACUCAAGGGUCGUAUCAAUCUUACGCGAUACAUACUUCGGUUCCCCAUGCUUCGGCAGCAGUCCCUGAGAAGUUCCCCUCGGCUUUACCAACUGUGGGUCGUCCUGCAGAUAUGAUGACUGUUGGAUCGCAUCGACACCCUUUUACCCCCUCCAUUAUGCAACUCCCCUUAAUGGAUAAUUGGAAAGCUUUACCUAUUGAUAAAUACGAUGGUACGACAGAUCCUGAUGAGCAUUUGGAUGUUUUUCUGACGCAGGUAACUCUGAGCACAACGGAUGAUGCUGCGUUGUGUAGGAUCUUUCCUACGUCUCUCAAAGGCAGAGCCCUCAGUUGGUUCACUCGUCUUCCACCCAAUUCAAUCGACUCGUUCAACACAUUGUCUUCACAAUUCGCUAUUCAAUUUGCAACAAGUCGUCCUCAUAAUCUAACGUCUUUAUCUUUGGUUGGUAUUAGGCAGGACAAGAAGGAAUCUUUGCGGGCAUUUAUGGAUCGGUUUAACAAGGCUACUCUGGAAAUUCGAGAUCUUAACCCCGCUGUAGCAUUGCAUCAUCUCACAACAACCUUAAAACCGGGGCCGUUUGUCAAUAGUAUUUGUAAAAAGCCUCCUUUGGACAUGAGUGAUUUAAGGAGAAGGGUUGAUAAGUAUAUGCAAAUGGAAGAGUUGGCAGAAUAUCGUAAUCAGGCCCGAGCUGAGUCGUCGAGCAAGGUAGAAAAGCAAGCAGAACAGUCAUACAGGGGGAGAGGAAAGGAGAUAUCUCUUCGGGAUCGGCCUAGUCGGGGUCCGAAGUACAAUCAAUAUACUCCCCUCAACACUAGCCGUUCGGCGGUACUUGAACAAGCUUUAGCUUCAGAAGUAUUGACAAUUCCAAAAAGAGCAGCUACACCACCACGUGCGGAUACUAGUAAAUCUUGUCGGUAUCAUCGCAAUCGUGGACAUUCUACUGAUGAAUGUGCAGCCCUUAGAGACAGAAUUGAAGAUUUGAUUAAGCAAGGCAAGUUGCAUAAUUUUGUGGAUCGGACAGGGUCGUCGCAAACUCGCUCAUAUCAACCCAGGUAUCAAGAUCGGCGCAGACAAGACCGUUCCGAUAGAGCCCCUCGUGAAAGAAGCAGGUCACGAGAAAGAAGUAGGUCGCGAGAAAGAAAGGAUACCUCGGCACCAUCACAUAGGAGGGUGAUCAAUACUAUUGCAGGAGGGUUUGCUGGUGGAGGCUCAACUUCAUCGGCUCAAAAGAGGCAUCUUAGAGCAAUUCGAUCGGUUAACGUUGUUCAUAGACAGUCUUCACGGAGGUUACCAGCAAUAACCUUCACCGAUGCUGAUUUCAAGGGUAUUGAUCCAGAGCAGGAUGACCCGAUGGUUAUUAGCGUGGAAAUUCACAAUUGCAUUGUCAAGAAAACAUUGGUUGAUCAGGGUAGUUCAGCAGACAUAUUAUAUUGGAAUACUUUCAAGCAGUUGGCCAUUUCGAAAAAAGAAUUGCUCCCUUAUGAUGACCCGUUGGUCGGUUUUGCAGGAGAAAGGGUCAGUACCCGAGGUUAUAUUAAACUCUUUACACGUUUUUGUUUUGACGAACAACAGAGUAGAGAGGUUCAAGUGAAGUAUAUCGUGGUGGAAGCUAGCACUUCAUAUAAUAUCCUCCUUGGCAGGCCGUCCUUGAAUGCAUUAGGGGUUAUCGUUUCAACACCACAUUUAGCGAUGAAGUUUCCAUCUGAUCAAGGGACAAUAAUUACGAUUCAUGCCGAUCAAAAGGCUGCUAGGGAGUGUUAUUACGCUAGCUUACGGAUUCCCAAUUAA